UGAGCCGGCUGUUAGAGGCACGGAAGCGAUCCUGUAUGCUGCUUUGGAGUUUCCUCAGAUUAAGAAAGUCAUUGUCAUGUCUUCUGUGCUUGCGCUGGCUCCUGUGACUGCGUUAUUCACCAAGGACAUUUCGAUAAAGGACAACACCGGAGAAAUUAUCCCCGUCGACAUGAACAUGUCUUUCCCGGAAGAUUCUCACGGCCACGCACUCAAAUACGCUGCUUCGAAGAUCCUUGCGCACCAAGCGACACGCUCAUUUUUGAAGAACAACAGUCCUCAUUAUAACCUGAUUACACUCCACCCGACAUACGUCCUGGGACCUAGUAUGGUUCAGAAGAUCCCGGGCGAGCUUAGUGGCAUGAACGCGCUCUUCUGGUUGUCGAUUAUUUCAGGCCAAACUCAAAUCGCCAAUGCCUGGGUGCAUGUUCACGAUGUCGCAGAUGCACACAUCAAAGUGCUGGAGAAAGAUGUCCAGAGUGGAACAGAGUUCAUUUUAUCCAGACCGUCUGUGUCCUGGGAGCAUGCGGCGAAUUUCAUCAAGAAAAAGUAUCCAGACGUGGAGUGUAAGCUGGAACCGCCUUUUGAGGGGCAUUGGGCGCUGGAUACCACUGCUGCUGAUCGCAUACUGGGUAUGAAGUGGAGGUCGGAGGAACAAAUCAUUAGGGAUGUUAUUGAGCAGCAGCUGUCAUUAAGGGCAGGAGCUCGUAACUAGGGGACUAGGGUUGGGAUUAAUUCUUCAGGAUGCUAUGCGAGGAAUUUCUGUUUCGAGAAAUCAGGGAUGGACAGUAAUAAGUAAUUAAUGGCGAGAUGGCACUGUUGUAAUGCAGAAUGAAAGCUUCGGAUCGGAAAUUAGUAGGGCGAUUUGUCAAGUCCGUCAGGAGAUAUGUGAAUUUUAAGUACCUAGUAGAAGAAUUUCAGAUGCAUGCCACGUCAGCA